AAGACACAGAGACAUCCCUCCCCUUCGCUCGCUCUCGCUCGCUAGGGCGGUGGCUGAGAUCGAAAAAGGCAGCAUUUUUUCCUCGAUUUCUCCGAUCGAUUGCCACCAAACCCUAGUUCUCUGAUGCCUCAAUCCAUGGCAGACGGGCUUUGAAUCAUUCUGAUUAUGCUCGCUGUUAAUCUCGCUGAGAUCGAGGUACGGAAUCGUUGAUGCAGAGUUAGAUUGGCGGCGAUCCAUAGCUGGAGGAUGAACGGGAAGGAAGCGGAGGAUGCCAUGUCGUCGACGGCUCUAUCCCCGCCGCCGCCACCGCUUGAGUGGAAGUUUUCUCAAGUGUUCGGCGAGCGGACGGCCGGAGAGGAAGUGCAAGAAGUUGACAUUAUCUCAGCAAUAGAGUUUGAUAAAUCUGGGGACCAUCUGGCCACUGGUGAUAGAGGAGGGCGUGUUGUUUUGUUCGAAAGGACAGACGUGAGAGAUCAUGCACGACGAAGAGAGUUGGAGAUGUUAGAUAAUCCAAUCAGCAGGCAUCCUGAGUUCCGUUACAAAACAGAAUUUCAAAGCCAUGAACCAGAGUUUGACUAUCUGAAAAGUUUGGAGAUAGAGGAGAAGAUUAACAAGAUCCGUUGGUGCCAAACCACAAAUGGUGGCCUUUUUCUCCUUUCUACUAAUGAUAAAACAAUCAAAUAUUGGAGGGUACAAGAAAAGAAGGUGAAAAGAAUUUCUGAAAUGAAUUUGAGUUCCGCACAAGACGCAGGUGAUGGUAGCUUUGCUAGCUCAAGUGCAUCAAAUCCAGCGGCUUAUCUUCCAAAUGGUGGAUGCUCAGGAGGGGCUUAUUCUUCUUUUAGCAAUGAUUUCACAUUUCCUCCUGGAGGGUUCCCAUCGCUGCGAUUGCCCAAGGUAGUUACAAGCCAGGAGACUAGCAUUGUUGCAAGAUGUCGGAGGAUAUUUGCUCAUGCUCAUGAUUAUCACAUCAAUUCUAUUUCAACUAACAGUGAUGGUGAGACUUUCAUCUCAGCUGAUGAUUUACGUAUAAAUCUUUGGAAUUUGGAUAUUAGCAACCAAAGUUUUAACAUUGUUGAUGUCAAGCCUGCAAAUAUGGAGGAUCUAACUGAGGUCAUAACAUCUGCUGAGUUCCACCCUGUGCAUUGCAACACAUUAGCAUAUAGUAGCUCAAGGGGAUCCAUUCGACUUAUUGAUCUGCGUCAGUCAGCUCUAUGUGACAACCAUUCACAAUUGUUUCAUGAACCUGAAACACCUGGCUCAAAAUCCUUCUUCACAGAGAUUAUAGCCUCAAUUUCUGAUAUCAAGUUUGCGAAGGAUGGCAGGCACAUCCUCAGCCGUGAUUACAUGACUCUUAAGUUAUGGGAUGUAAGCAUGAACUCUGGUCCAGUUGCGACGUUUCAAGUCCAUGAAUAUCUAAGGCCUAAGCUGUGUGAUUUAUACGAAAAUGAUUCAAUCUUUGAUAAAUUUGAAUGUUGUUUGAGUGGGGAUGGAUCCCGGGUAGCAACUGGUUCUUACAGCAAUCUUUUUCGUGUAUUUGGCUGUGUUCCUGGAAUCACUGAGGCAACAACUUUAGAGGCUAGUAAAAAUCCAACGAGGAGGCAAGUACAAAACCCAGCAAGGCCGGCAAGAUCUUUGGGUGGUUUAACCCGUGUUGUGAGAAGAGGAGCUGAAAAUGCAGGCCUUGAUGCUGCGAACAACUUCGAUUUCACAACAAAGUUGCUACAUUUGGCAUGGCAUCCUACUGAGAACUCAAUCGCCUGUGCUGCUGCAAACAGCUUGUAUAUGUACUAUGCUUAAGGAACAACCAGGAAGGCAAAAAUUUCAUGCUUUGAAAACCCACGUCAUGGUUGUUCUUGCCCGUGCUGCUCUGCUGCUCUGAGUACCUGGCAGAAUUCAGUGCAGUGGAGUCACUUUUGAUCAUCACAAAGAACCAGAUUAAGCUGUCAAAAUCCAUGAGGAAGUUCUAAAUGUCUUUAGUUCCCGGGUUUGGCAGCUCAAUUUUGGUUUGAUUACAAGAAGUUCGGCAGCUUUCUUGCAAUGUUUCUCUUGUUUCGGUCCCGAAAUGUGAUUGAUUGUUAACAUUCAUACAACAAGAUCAGAAGAUUGCUUGAAGGGUUUGUUGUCUGAGAUAACAAAAAUGGGAUGAUGUGCUGUAUCUUCAACUUCAGGUGUCAUCAGGGUUUCUUGUAUCAUCUGACUUGUAGAGUUUGUGUUGAUGUUAUUGCUAUUGUUUUUAUUAUUUUUCUUCUUCAA